CAGAGGAUAAAUAGCAGCUUUGCUUCCCUGGCUCCUCUCUGCAUCCUCCCUGCCCUCCCAACAAUAUGCAUCUUGCCAGUUUGGUCAGCUCCUGCUCCCUUCUACUGCUGUUGGGGGCCUUGCCUGGAUGGGCAGCCAACGAUGACCCCAUUGAGAAGGUCAUCGAAGGGUUCAACCGAGGGCUGAGCAAUGCAGAGAGAGAGGUGGGCAAGGCCCUGGAAGGCAUCAAUAAUGGAAUCACUCAAGCCGGAAGGGAAGUGGAGAAAGUUUUUAAUGGACUUAGCAACAUGGGCAGCCAGGCCGGCAAGGAGGUGGACAAGGGCAUCCAGGGAUUCAACAAUGGCUUGGACAAGGUAGCCCAUGGGAUCAACAAUGGCGUCGGACAAGCAGGAAAGGAAGCAGAGAAGUUUGUCCAUGGGGUCAACCACGCUGCUGGACAGGCCGGAAAGGAAGCAGACAAAGUGGUCCACAAUGGGGUCAACCAGGCUGGGAAGGAGGCAGAGAAAUUUGGCCAAGAGGUCCACCAUGCUGCUGGCCAGGCUGGAAAGGAAGCGGAGAAGUUUGGCCAAGGGGUCCACCACGCUGCUGGCCAGGCUGGGAAGGAGGCAGACAAGUUGCAGCAGAAUGUUCAUAAUGGGGUCAACCAAGCCGGCAAGGAAGCCAACCAGCUGCUGAAUGGCAGUCAACACGGCGGUUCCACGGGCCAGCAUGGAGGGGCCACAACCACAACCUUAACGUCUGGAGCCUCGGUCAACAAGCCCUUCAUCAACUUCCCAGCUCUGUGGAGGAGCGUCACCGACAUCAUUCCCUGA